AUGGUCAUCUGUGGCAUUAACGAUGCAACCCUAUUCCAAGGACAUACGCACGCUGAGAGAAUCGCUUAUGAAAUAUUCUCUGAUGAUUUUAGCACUACAAUGGAUGUAUCCAUUGACAAACUUAACGAUGAACUCAAAACCCUAGCAGGAAUGACUGCUGCACAAGGGCAAAUUCGAUUGAUGCCUGAACGAUCCAUUGAUGUUGAAGGCAAGGGAAGAGAUGCAUUUACCACCCUACGCACCCACUACAAAGGAGAAGGACUCCUAGCCCACAACAUUGUUGAGGCCGGACACACCAUCAAGAACCUAUGCUAUGUGGGAGAAAAGCCUACGAUGAACUGGGCCAUGUUUGAACGCAUGCUGAAGAAAGCAUACGCAGCAUGCGACAAACAUGAGGGGAGAGUAGUACAUUUGGAGGCAAUGAAACUACGUAGCCUGCAAGGUUACUGCAUCGUUUCUACAACUGAACAAGACGGCGAUUGA